AUGAGGCUAUCGCGAGUUCACGCCAUGCGACUCUCUACUCGAGAAGCUCUUUUCGUCAUUGGCAACUGCCGACUGAGAGACGUCUUCUUUUUUUCACAUGACAAAACUGGUUCGCCUCCAGCUCUUUUUGCAUGCAAGACGAGUCAAGUUCGUGUCCCAGUUCCCCUCGUCUCGUCUCCCUCGGGACUCGACUCAGCGGAGUUCCGGUUCUACCGGAUUUGUGCCCAUGAAACCUGUUUGUCUCUUGUCUUGUGGAUUGUAUGCGUCUGCGAAGAGUGCUUUGGCAACCCGACGUCCAGUUGCCAUCGAGAGGUGCUCAUUUCAUUCUUGACUGGCCUCGAGCCGCCGGACGAAAUGGACCAUUUCGGUCCGUCCGUGAGGGAUUCCCUUCUCAACGGAGAUACGAUUUAG